AUGUCAGCCUCCCUCCCCCACCGAAGCGUCGCCAACAUCCGAGCUCCCACUGCUCCCUCCUCCCGGAGUGGUGGUGGUGGUGGCAGUAGUCACCGUGAGCGUGAGAGUUCCAGCCAUCGAGACCGUGACAGAGACCGUGACCGCGGCGAAAGAGGUGACCGUGACAGAGGUGACCGUGACCACUCCGGCACAUCAACGCCCACGCGUCCAAUUCCUACUUUCAACACACCGUCUAGCUUGCGAGCAGAAGAGGAGCUCAUUGUCAUUGACUUUGGCACGCGGAAGGUCCAGGUGGGCUUCGCUGGGGACUCGGCGCCCAGGGGUGUGGUGUGGUUUGGUCCGGAGCAGCAGCGGAGGAUUGGCGAUUUCAGGGACUGGCAGACGGAUUAUCAGCAAGAUUGGAGGUCGAAAGCCGCGGGAGGGAAUUGGGGGAGGGAGUAUGAGUUGUGGAGGCCGGAUGUGAGGGGCUUGGAGCUGGGGCAGGUGGGGGAUAAAGUUGAGAAGGCUGUGAGGGAGGCUUAUACCAAAUAUAUGCUCGUCGACUCCCGUCCCCGGAGGAUGGUCUGCGUCGUACCGACAGGUCUUCCUAUUCCCCUUCUAUCAGCAGCUCUGGACAGCCUCUUUCACCGCUUUCAACCACCAACAGUCUCGCUGCUAUCAUCACCAGUUGCCGUGACCGUCGCCGCCGGUGUACGCUCAGCGCUUGUCGUCGAUCUCGGCUGGAACGAGACGAUAGUCACCAGCGUCUAUGAAUACCGCGAAGUGGCAACUAGGAGAACAGUUAGAGGAGGCAAGAAGUUGACGGAGGAGACUCACCGUUUCCUAGCCAAAGAACUAGGCCAUGUCCAACAAGACAACAAAGACGACAGGCAAGAGUACGUCUUGUCGUUCGAAGAGUGCCACGACAUCGCAAAUCGGCUAGUUUGGUGCAAGCCCUUCAAGGCAGACAAGACUCCCAAGUCCUCCUCUCCUCCACAGCCGGCGUCACCAGAAGGAGAAGGGCUUGCUACUGUCGAAGAAAGCGACGAAGACGAACCAACGACGACCACCACCACCACCGCUGCCGUCGGCGAGAAACCACUACCCCCUCCUCCACCAAAGACCACCACCAUCCCUCUCCGCUCCGGCCGAUCCCCAGCCUCCCUCGAGUUAACCUUUGACCAGCUCUCCCAGCCCUGUGAAAACACCUUCUUUGACUCGCAAUACUCGCUCUCCAGCUUCGACGACCACGAGACACCCGUGCACUUGCUAGUCUACCGCACUCUCCUCCAGCUGCCCCUCGACGUCCGAGCGCUCUGCAUGUCCCGAAUCAUCUUCACAGGCGGGUGUACCACCGUGCUGGGUCUACGCAAGCGGAUAUUUGACGAAGUUUCCCAUAUUGUCCAGGAGAGGGGGUGGGAUCCUGUCUAUGGGAAGGCGAAGGAACAACUACGGAUGAACUCCAAACUGAAGAAGAGGAAUGGCAGGCUUACAACAGGAAUAACAAACAACAACACCUCGAACUCACCCGAGGCCGGAGGUGUGUCCCCACCCACUACCACGACCAGUGGAACCUCCGCCUCAGGAGAAGGACCCCCAACCCCAGCACCAGCACCAUCAGGCGGAGGACAAGGCCAAGAAGAAGACGGUAUCUGGCACGACGCCGCCAACUCGCUCCCCGAAAUCGACCCGAUCGAGGCGCAACUAGCCCGCACCAACCCCUCUUCUAGUUCCCGAAAGCCCUUACAUGGCCAACUACGAGCUAUCGAGUCCCUUGGGCCCUGGGCAGGCGGCAGCUUGAUCACGCACCUCAAAGUACCGAGUGUGUCUACCAUCGACAAGGACCAAUGGACCCAGCACGGCGUCACUGGGGCGACGGUCAGGCAGGCGGAUGUGGAGGCUAAGACGCAGCAGAGGUUGAGCUGGAACGCGAUGAAUAGGGGUGGAAGAGAGGGGAAGGAGCCGUGGACUUUGGGGGUUUGGGGUGCUGCUUGA